UAGUGCGUUGUUUCAGCUGCCUUCUUUCCGCACCGCGGAAGAAAUCGGACGGACGUGCGAUCGUCAGUGAUUGUGUAGAUGUGAGGUGUUUGUCAGGCCGCCGACAUGGGUUGCGCGGGCAGUUCCAGUGCUGGUAGGACUAGUAAUAAAAAGUCACCAGCGACCGGAACCGACUUCGAACCGAAAGUCGUCGGGCCGCCACAGCCAGUAGCGCCUGCGAAACCUCGGACGCCUACGCCAGUUCAACAAUAUCCGUUGUACGUGGCUAAAUAUGAUUACGAGGCUCGCACCAACGAGGAUCUGGCGUUCUUCAAGGGCGAUGUCCUGGAAAUCCUGGACUCAUCGGCCGGAGACUGGUGGAAAGCGAAUUCCCGUCGGACGAACGAGCAAGGUUACGUUCCCAGCAACUUUAUCGUCCCAGUUGCCAGUCUGGAAGCACACGACUGGUUCUUUGGGACAAUUCGCCGUGUUGAUGCGGAGAAGUUGUUACUGCUGCCGCUGAACGAUGUCGGGUCGUUUCUGGUACGGGAAAGCGAGAGCAAGCCGGGAGAGCAUUCGCUUUCGCUCAGAGACGAUUUCGGCCAGAUCAAGCAUUAUCGGAUCCGUGCAUUGGAUGACGGAGGUGGAUUUUUCAUAGCGCGUCGCUGUAUUUAUGAGAGCAUGAUCGGUCUAAUUGAGCACUACAUGACCGAGGCUGAUGGGUUGGCCACGCAACUUGUCCGACCUUGCCACCGUGCCGAGCUGCCACAAACUAGCGGACUGUCGGCAAGUGAUCAGUGGGAAAUCCCGAGAGAAUCCAUCAGCAAGAUUUGCAAGCUAGGUGCAGGCCAGUUCGGCGAGGUCUGGGAGGGUCUGUGGAAUCGCACCACACCCGUGGCCAUAAAGACACUGAAAGCCGGGACUAUGGCGCGGGAGGCCUUCCUGGAAGAGGCGCAGAUCAUGAAGCGCCUGCGGCAUGAAAAGCUCAUUCAGCUGUACGCGGUGUGCAGCGUGCACGAACCUAUCAUGAUCAUCGCAGAGCUCAUGAAGAACGGUUCUUUGCUGGACUACCUGCGUAGCGCCGAGGGCAAGGAGCUCAAGGAGACCGAACUCAUCUUCAUGGCCUCCCAGAUUGCAUCGGGCAUGGCAUACCUGGAAGAGCAGAACUACAUCCACCGUGACCUGGCCGCGCGCAAUAUCCUCGUCGGUGACAACCUGAUCUGCAAGGUGGCCGACUUUGGCCUGGCACGCGUGAUCGACGAGGACGUAUACCAGGCGCACGUCGGUGCCAAGUUCCCCAUCAAGUGGACGGCCCCGGAGGCGGCGCUCUUCAGCAAGUUCUCGAUCAAGUCGGAUGUCUGGUCGUUCGGCGUCCUGCUGAUGGAGCUGAUUACGUUCGGCCGCAUGCCCUACCCGGGCAUGACCAACCCUGAGGUGCUGGCCGCUGUGGAGAAGGGAUACCGCAUGCCGAGCCCCGACACGUGCCCACCUCGCCUCUAUGCCAUCAUGAUGGACUGCUGGAAGCCAGCGGAUAUGGAGCGGCCGACAUUCGAGACACUCAAGUGGCAGCUGGAGGAAUUCUACAGUGAAGGAGCCAAGGAUGGUACUUAUCACAACGCCGAUGCGGCCACGGGGAAGGCAUGAAGACCAGACGCUUGGGAGGUAGAGAUGCUGCUGGCUUGGUUUUGGACACAGUGUACAGUGUAUGGCGGUGUGUCCCCUCCCAGCCCACGUUCCCUUGAGAGCACUAUUCAGCUUGCAUUGAUGUUCCAGUACACCGACAGUACGUUGGGGGCUGCUGUCACCUCUACACUUAGGCAGCUCAUACUUCAAAGUAGAAACAUGUCCAGUGCCGUGUCAUUUUACUCAUGGUGGGUGUCCUGUGUGAGUUAAGCUAGCAUUGAUUUCCUAUAGAUGUGUGGAUGCUGUCUGGGCAUAGCUAGAAUAGUGAUGCUAGGAUCAUGAUGUGUGUGUGCGUAUUGGUAUCUGAUGUACAUGUCCUCUGCAUAUCAGACUUCGAAUAUCCGUCUUUUUCGCUAACAUUCCUGACAUCUCUCCCUCUGUUCGUUUGUAUGUUCCACUCUCACUCUCUCAUUGUCUCUCUAUGUAUCUCCCUCAUUCUCCCUCUCUCUCUCCCUCUCUCUCUCUCUCUCUCUCUCUCUCUCUCUCUCUCUCUCUCUCUCUCUCUCUCUCUCUCUCUCUCUCUCUCUCUCUCUCUCUCUCUCUCUCUUCGAGUAAGCCUGUGCGACCCAAUCUCACUUCAGUGUAAUUGGUUGGCUUGCUAUGUGCGUGUGAAGAGAUGUAAUGGCUUUCUUUUGUUGUACCCGUAUGCCCGCCUGGUUAGUAAUUAUUUUCUAGGUUCGUUUUUUGGUGGUUCACUGCAUGUCUUUUUUUCCUUUCAAGGUUUCUUCCCGUCUUCAUCUUAUUUUCUAUCGAACAAUUUACAUUGCCAAGUAGGCCACUGUUUUCUUCUGUAAAAGUAAGAGAAACAUUUCGUUCUGACCUGUACUGACCUGUGUACUCAGCCAGCUUCUUUAGUGAAACUAAUCCUAGAGUUCGUCAAAAGUAAUUCUUUGGUGUGCGUGUCUAACUUCUA